CGAGACAUGAGCAUCACUCUCAAUAUGAAGACUUUCCUGGUACUACUGGCGCUCUCCUGUGUUGCCACAUGUUGGUGCUAUCCUCUUCAGGAUGGUCCCGGAGGACAAGAAAAUGAAGGCCCUGGAGGUCCAGAAAAUCCAGAAAGACAAGGCCCGGGAGGUCCCGGAGGUCCCGAAGGCCCCGGAGGACAAGAAAGACAAGGCCCGGGAGGUCCCGAAGGUCCCGGAGGUCCCGGAGGACAAAAAAGACAAGGCCCCGGAGGUCCCGGAGGACAAGAAAGACAAGGCCCUGGAGGUCCCGGAGGACAAGAAAGACAAGGCCCCGGAGGUCCCGGAGGACAAGAAAGACAAGGCCCCGGAGGUCCCGGAGGUCCCGAAGGACAAGGAAGACAAGGCCCGGGAGGUCCCGAAGGCCCCGGAGGUCCCGGAGGACAAGAAAGACAAGGCCCCGGAGGUCCCGAAGGUCCCGGAGGUCCCGGAGGACAAGAAAGACAAGGCCCCGGAGGUCCCGGAGGACAAAAAAGACAAGGCCCCGGAGGUCCCGAAGGUCCCGGAGGACAAGAAAGACAAGGCCCUGGAGGUCCCGGAGGACAAGAAAGACAAGGCCCCGGAGGUCCCGGAGGACAAGGAAGACAAGGCCCUGGAGGUCCCGGAGGACAAGAAAGACAAGGCCCCGGAGGUCCCGAAGGUCCCGGAGGUCCCGAAGGUCCCGAAGGUCCCGGAGGACAAGAAAGACAAGGCCCCGGAGGUCCCGGAGGUCCCGAAGGUCCCGAAGGUCCCGGAGGACAAGAAAGACAAGGCCCCGGAGGUCCCGGAGGUCCCGAAGGUCCCGGAGGUCCCGGAGGACAAAAACGACAAGGCCCCGGAGGUCCCGAAGGUCCCGAAGGUCCCGGAGGACAAGAAAGACAAGGCCCCGGAGGUCCCGAAGGUCCCGAAGGUCCCGGAGGACAAGAAAGACAAGGCCCCGGAGGUCCCGAAGGUCCCGGAGGUCCCGGAGGACAAGAAAGACAAGGACCGGGAGGUCCCGAAGGCCCCGGAGGUCCGGAAGGUCCCGGAGGUCCCGAAGGUCCCGAAGGUCCCGGAGGUCCCGGAGGCCGAAGAUAGGCCAACACCUCCUCAACAAAGGAACUGACAAGAUGGCCCUUCUUUGAAAUAAAACCAAUGAACACUGAAA